AUGAGCCGUGUCGUUCUUGUCACCGGAGCCAAUAGAGGCAUCGGAAGAGGUCUCGUGGCCCAUUAUCUUACCCAGCCGGACACUACUGUUAUUGGAACGGUUCGGGAUAUCUCAUCCGAGAAAGCAAAGGAACUCAAUGCGCUGUCAAAGGGCCCCGGCUCUGGCCUGAUUAUCGUGUCACUUAACGCCGACAACCCAUCAAGCGCAGCAGAGGCCGCGUCCGAAAUCCAGACGCAGCAUCACAUCGAUCACAUUGACGUUGUCAUUGCCAAUGCCGGAAUUUGCAACCACUGGGGCCCGGUGCUAGAAAUGACUGAUUCGGACGUGCUCUCGCACUUCGAAGUGAACACGUUGGGACCGCUCAGGCUGUUCAAAGCCGUCGCACCGUUGCUGCAAAAAGCCAGUACUCCCAAGUUUGUUUAUAUUUCCACGCUCCUGGCGAGUAUCCAUGAGAUUGAGAACAUUCCUUCGUUCACCACCACCGCCUAUGGAAUGUCAAAGGUGGCUGGAAACUAUCUGGUCAAGAAGAUCGAUGCCGAGAACAAGCACUUGAUUGCUUUGUCGGUGGACCCCGGAUCGAUGCGGCAACGAAGUCAACUACGUCUGGGCAGUUUGUUAGCUACAACGGAGACAGGGUUCCUUGGUAGAUGA